CUGCAUGCUCGGUCUCCACCCUCCUCCUCCUCCUCCUCCACUUCCUCCUCCGCCACCUCAGUUCUACUUCCUUUGCAGGUGGAUGGAGGCUGGAAGCCCCGGAGACACGAGCCAUCAUGCCCGGGAUCCGCUGCUGUCAGACCGCUGAGCAUCAUCCACCUUCGCGCCGGGGACCUCAUCCUUAAAUGACCCGCGGCUGAGGGAGGGAGCGGCGGCGGAUCAUGACCUGCUGGCCGCAUGCACCGGGCGUCCAGCACUGAACCAUGGGGCUCCGCUCCAGGACCGUCGCCAGCGGCUCGGAGGAGCACAAGAAGCCGCCCGGCUCCUCCGGGGACCCGCCGGACCAGUGCACCGGACAAGGAGCGGACAGGGACGGCGCCCUGCUGCUGGUGGCGGGCCCGGGCCGGGACGGCUUCAAGCGGGGCUCCCACCAGGGCAUCGGCAUCGGGCUGCUGGCCAAGACCCCGCUGAGCUACACGCGGCCGGCCAAGAGGAAUAACAUCCGCCGGAGGAGGAUCCAGAACCUGGUCUACGACGCGCUGGAGCGGCCGAGGGGAUGGGCGCUGCUCUACCACGCGUUCGUGUUUUUAAUCGUCCUGGGCUGUUUGAUUUUGGCCAUUCUGACAACAUUCAGGGAACACGAGAAAGUGUCUGCACACUGGCUGGUGAUACUGGAAACCUUCGCCAUCUUCAUCUUCGGAGCGGAGUUUGCGCUGAGAAUCUGGGCGGCAGGAUGCUGCUGUCGCUACAAAGGAUGGAGGGGGAGGCUGAAGUUCGCUCGCAAACCCUUGUGUAUCUUAGACAUCUUCGUGCUGAUCGCCUCGGUGCCGGUGGUGGCGGUGCGGAACCAAGGCAACGUGUUGGCCACGUCCCUGCGCAGCCUGCGCUUCCUGCAGAUCCUGCGGAUGCUGCGCAUGGACCGGAGAGGGGGCACCUGGAAACUGCUGGGCUCCGCCAUCUACGCUCACAGUAAGGAGCUGAUCACGGCCUGGUACAUCGGCUUCCUGUCUCUGAUCCUGGCGUCCUUCCUGGUCUACCUGGUGGAGAAGGACGACGUGUCCAUGGAUGUGUCCAACCAGGAGAACCCCACCGCUCAGCCCACGCCGCAAGACUUCGACACCUACGCCGACGCCCUGUGGUGGGGGCUGAUCACUCUGACCACCAUCGGCUACGGGGACAAGACCCCAAAGACCUGGGCCGGGAGACUGUUGGCCGGCACCUUCGCCCUGAUCGGAGUCUCCUUCUUCGCUUUGCCUGCAGGGAUCCUGGGCUCCGGUUUGGCCCUGAAGGUCCAGGAGCAGCACAGACAGAAGCACUUUGAGAAGCGUAGACAUCCGGCCGCCGGCCUCAUCCAGUCUGCCUGGAGAUAUUAUUCCACCACGCCGGACAGGGAAGACCUUAUUGCCACCUGGAGGUUUUAUGAAACGGUCAUUUCUCUUCCCUGUUUCAGGAAGGAUCACCUGGAGGCCAUGGCGAGCCAAAAGCUGAGUUUGCUGGAGCGCGUUCGCCUUCCCAAUGCCAGACCGUCAGCCGGGACUUGCAGGAGGCUCACAGGUCACACCGACUCCAUCGAGGAAAGCCCCUCCAAGGAGCCCAAACCCGCCGGCUUCAGUAACCGGGAACGCUUCCGCACCGCCUUCCGCAUGAAGGCCUACACACUCCGCCAGAGCUCUGAAGAUUCCGGAGCUCUGGCAGAUCCUGCCUUAGAGGAGCGGGGCUUCCCCGCGGACAUCCUCAUGGAGGAGAUGAUCCCCACACUGAAGCUGGUCAUCAGGGCAGUAAGGAUCAUGCAAUUCCUCCUGAACAAGAAGCGGUUCAAGGAAACUCUGAGGCCUUAUGACGUCAAAGACGUGAUUGAGCAGUACUCUGCCGGGCACCUGGACAUGCUCUGCAGAAUCAAAUACCUCCAGACGAGGAUCGACAUGAUUCUUGCUCCUGGACCCCCCCUCACCCCAAAACACAAGAAAACUCAGAAAACGCCCUUUGCCUACCCGCCCAAUCAGUCGCCCAGGCAUGAGUCCUACCUAGCCAAAGCUGCCUCCAUGCCAGAUGCUGAAGACCAAAGCAUGAUGGGUAGAUUUGUCAGGGUGGAAAGACAGGUUGAGGACAUGGAGAAGAAGUUGGACUUCCUGGUGGACAUGCACAUCCAGCACACUGAGCACCUGCAGGUGGACUCUGCCGGCACCGCCCACAUGACUCUGGAGACCUGCGAUCCGACGGGGAAUGGUGAGAUCAGAAGGGUAUUCUUCAACUACGCCGAGGAGUUCCCACACAUGUCAUACCAGGUGCCUGUCAGCAAGGUGAAUCCAUAUUAUGGCAGGGGUGGUGGAGGAGGUGGAGAGGGCAUGGGGUUAGCGGGAGGAGGCCGUUUACCUCAAGAUCAUCAACCCCUGACGUCACACCUCUUCCAGCACAACCCUACAGCUCCCAUCCCCACCUACACCGAGCGUCCCACAGUAUUGCCCAUCAGUUCCCUGCAGGACUUGUCAGUGGGACUGGGCAGGACCACAGGGGGGCGGGGGGGAGACUCACCUCUCUCUAUGCUGUCGGUGAACCACGAGGAGCUGGAGCGCUCACCCAGCGGCUUCAGCAUCUCCGGGGACCGGGAAGGGGAGGACCUGUCGAUGGGUGCCAGGGAGGCGACCGGGGACAACAGCUGGACGAGACCCAGGCCGAGCUACCUGGCCGAGGGUGAGACGGACACGGAAACGGACCCCUUCACCCCCAGCGGGGGGCCCCUGCCGCUCUCCUCCACGGGGGAGGGAUUUGGUGACGCUGUGUGGAACACACCACCCUGAGGUGUUUGUGUGACUGCACAGAAAAUCUAUGACUCUGAGUUAAGACCUUAAAUCCAACCCAUGCCUCUAAACCCCAAAUCAGUUUGGGUCAAAUCUCUGGACCAAACCUUUUGGAGUAUAGGCUGGUCUGAUGCGCCUUGAUGUUGUGAGGUCAAGAGUAAGGUCAUCGACCUUCAGAGGCCACUGCCAAUCUCAUCAACGGACUGCGAUCUAGACAGAAGAAAGCCACGGUGUCCAGACUGCCCAGAGAAAAUGGGAACUCAAACCGUUUGUAUAGUAAAACUGUACAGCGCACAAAAAUUUAGCUAAAAUAAAAAGAACAUUAAUAUACAUACUAUAUACACCGAAAAGCUUUAUCGCUGCAAAGCCAACCGCACUGCAUGUGACGCAUGCUAAUUUUAGUGUAGAUACUGCAAAGUUCAGGAUAUCAGGAAACGGAAAAAGAGAUUGAAUGGAUACAUAUAUCUGCUAUGCCAUUUUGAAACACUUAUUUUUUAUAUGAAUACAUUUUCAUUGUUGUGUUUUGUUUGCAUGGUUUGCAUGACAAUGCACCAUUCUGGGGGCUUGUGGUUGGAGAUGUGAUCGUGGAACAAAACGUCUCCUAUCUCUUUGUUUCAUACGCCGUUUGGUGAGUGUGUUUGAUUGUGUGAAUGUAUGAGAGAAAGACGACAACAACGGCUCGUCGCUGGUUUCACCAUGUCCUUCUUUAUGUUGUGCUGUUAACUCUUUUGAUUUCUGAUCCCGUCAUUUUCCUUUCACACCACUGUGCUCUCGAGUUGUAUGUCGUCACUUUAUGCAUACAAAUUUUCCACUUGAAGAAAAAAAAUUCGACAGAAUUUGAAACACUAAAUCUCUGCUGCUUUGUUGGCACAUGAAUUCAGGGAUAUGAACCAACUACACAUCUUUAAUUUACAAAGAUUUCUGAACGUCUUGACAACUGAGGUCAGUUUAUCACUCCUUCUGAUGAUUAAUGUUAUCAAUGAAAAGAAGGAGGAAGGAGGGUCUGAUGCUAACUAGAUAAAAGAAAAGUUUUUUAAAUUCGUAAAUCAGUUAAUCGGUUACGAAGGGCGAGUGCUCCGUGGCUCCGUCUGAUCCGACAGGUGGUCUUUAGUGAAGCAGGUAUGAAGAAUAAGAUCCACAGAGCUGUCCAAAGAAGCCCCGAGGCAUUUCGUACGUAAUUCUGACUGGUCAGUUGUUUGGCAGAUACUGAUGACGAAUUAAUACGAGCCUACAUUCUCAAGGAAUUAGAACCCGACUCCGAUACCGAUACUGAUAUUAGGGGGAAUAAAAAGUUUCCGAUACCAAUACAUCAGCUGAAAUUGUCAAUGAUUCCUUAGUUGUUGUUAUGACAAAAAAUACAUUUGAGUCUUGAUAUUUUACCACUAAAGCAUAAAUUAUAAAUAACUAUACAUACAAAGUAAACACACAACCAAAUCUAGGAAUUUAAUUACGACAAUUAAGUUUUGACAUAAAAUGUAAAAAUAAGAAUUCUGCUUUGUUAAAACUCCUUUAACGUCCAACAACACAUCUUUACAGUAACGGAAAAAAUAGAGCAUAGGUUGCAAUUUUAAUCUUUUUUGUUGUUGUUCACUGCUGCACUAAACUCUAGUUUCCAGUUAUGAACACAAACUGACACACUAAAACCAAAAGCAUCGCCAUAUUGUAAAGACUGGAGUGACCUCUAGAAAUACUCGUAGUGACUGAGGUUUGUGACGUCAAUUGAACGUUUGUUAAAAAGCGACACUUGAGCCGGAGCGCCACAAAAAGCUUUACAGAAAAUCACACGUAGGCCUAAAAAGCAUUUACUACUUAAGAUUUAGGACGACACUAAUACCGAAUGUAACCACUGACAACCAACUUAUAUCUACACAACUAAAUUAUUACACAGUUAUAGCAUGUUCAAGCACCUUCAGAGUCGGAUGAAGUUUACAGAGGGGCUUCCACACCGGGCUUCAACAGGGAGUUUAAAUGCUAUUUAUGACAUUUCCCGUCAGAAGAAAACUAUCCGUGGUUCUGUCCUUGGCUCUUAGUUAUUAUUGAAAAUGAACUGCACGUGGUGGUGUUCGCAAGCAGCAGUGAGUACUGUUCUUGUUUUUGUGGGGCUUUUCCUACAAGACCUUGUGCAAUGAUUUCAGCUGUUGAUUUAACUGAUUACUGAUUUUUGUAUUUAUUUUUAUGACCAACAACACUUUAUACCCAUUUUGGAACAUUCAACUCGACACCAAGCAGCAAACUUGUGCUGAGAGUGUCCUUGCCUUCCAGCCAGUCAGAAGUGAAUAUUUUCUGUGGCCUCUGUGUAGAAUGUUGCAAGGACAUACAGUAGCCCCGGUUCCCUCGACAAAAAGCCAACAGGAUUUUUCUAUUAGCUUUUGCUAUGUUCCCAAAAAUAAGAUGAGUUAAUGACACUUUCGCAUUUUGUUCAGCAGGAUAAUCUUCAUAAAUGAAGCUUUUUAAGAUACAAUCACCAGAAGGAAAAAGCUAAUGUUGGGCUGUAAAUCAACAAAGUUGAGGUUAAGUGGUUUCCAUAUAGGGGUGUCCCAGUUCAGGGGCGGCUGCAUUAGAAGUGUAUCACAUCGGUGUGAUUCCUUUUCAAAGGCUCCUUCAAAUGCAGACGACAAAUGUGUCCUUCCAUACCAAAGCAAUGAAGGCACAAGCGGGUGGAUCUUCCUCGGGUCAGCCUAUUCCAGGAAUUAUUGUGCGCCAGUGAAGAAGAAAAAAGUUAGCAAUGCUGGAAGGCGAGUUGCAGUAAGUGUAUUGCAGUAAGUGUAUCCACAACAGCUAGCGAUGCACUGGUAAGAACGGGGACGAGCUGGUGACACAAAUAGGAAAUCCCCCGUAGACCAGAUGGUCUCAUUUUGGUUUGGCCUUCGUGACCAACCUGGUCUACGAAGGCAUGACCAGGAAGGAUGCAGCGCCUGAAUUGGGACACAGUUCCGUCCCAUGUCCUCUCACUUGGCCCUACCCCCUCUGUUCUUCCACUCCACCUGAAGUCAACGUCUGACCACCCUACAUUUGAAGGGCUGUUUGAAGGGAUACCCUACCCUACACGGAAACACACAAAACCGAGGGGUAGGGCCAAGUGGGGGAAAUGGGACGGACCCUUGUGUCAUCACAACAGAGCUUCCAACUCUUAAUGUGAUUUGGUGCUUACCUCAUCGUCAAAAACCUUUCCUCUUAGAAUGUGAGUAAAAGUUUUGAAGAGCCCGAGAUGAAACAACGAUUGGUGUCUCGUAUGGUGUGAUGAUGUUUAAUGUCCCACACCACUUCUGCAGUCUCAUUUAGCCGCUUCUUCGUAACUGGCUUUCUUAAGACACGUAAAAGCAUUAAAUCAAAUAAAUCACUAUUUGGGCUUUUACUGACAUUUUAUGUUGACGAAUUAAAAUUUCUUGAGCUUGACCAAAUUUCAGGCAUCUGACCAAAAAAACCCAUCGACUUCAGGACAAGGGAAUCUGAAGUACAAAAACCCUAAAUGUCCUUUAGUGCAGAUUCCUGCAGCAAUCUGCACAACUUGACCGUUUCCAGAACUUGUUGACUGCUCAAUUUUCGACAUGAUCAGAUCUAUGAAGUGUUGAGUGUUGCAUUUUAGAAGGUAACCAUUACCAUAUUAAUGUCAUACAUAUGCUAUAUGUUAUAAAAAGAACAAGCGCUACGACUCUGUUUGCAGAUCCAGUUGAAACCUGUUGUGGAAGCAACAUAAUUAGUACGAUUGACAAGGUGAACCAAACACUUAUUUACUGACUUACAGUAUACUAUUAUUAUUAUUAUCUACUUAACUACUUGUAUUAAAGUUACUAUUAGUACUACCUUUCAAUUCUGUAUUUUAAAAUAAAUGAACUCGCAACACAGACACCAAUUGUCACCACAUCUAGAUAUAAAGAUCAUGACAUUAUAUCCCUGUAGACAUUUAUUCAUUGUGCCUCUGAAGCAAGAAACAUCGACUAGAAUGACUCCACAUCGUCAUUCUGUGUUUAGUGUUUCCAUGCCACUUCAUCUCACGACACACUGGAUCUAUGAAUGUGAAUCUGUUUCCUUUUGUAGUGCUUUGUCCUUUCUUCAAACUAGCACUCGGUGCAGUCUCGUUUUUUGUAAAAUACUGUUUUGUUGCUUUGUGAUGCUUUUUGGCUCAUUCACUGAAUUCAGACUCAACAUGAUUCCAGCUGCACAGAAAUGUAAAGGUUGUAAUGGUUCACUUCUCACUUUAAAAAAACUCCUUUUGAUUAUCAGCUUUUUAUUCGUUUAACUAUUUUUUCUGUUGUCAUGUCUUGUGGUUUUGUUGAAGUUGAGAAUCAACUGCUCCAAUUUGAUUCACACCAGAAGUUUUGCACAUGAAGUUACAUUUACAGGAACUUUUCUGAGAGUUACUGUACAGUUACUUUGCUUCCAUUCGAAAUGUUGCUUCUUUUUUGGGGUUAUAUUAAUGUUACUUGGCUAACAACUGUUAAAGCUAACCUUAUCAUGUUUUGUGAAUUAUUGAACAGAAUAAAUUGUCUUCCAAGACAUGAAGAUACACUGGAAAAAAAGUGAUGCUAGCAAACACGGUUGACCUAAAUCAUGAAAAUAUAUUUCUGAUUUCAAUAUAUUAAAGCCACAAACCGGAAAUUAAUCUUCUCUGGAAUAAAAAAUAUUAAAGAAACAAAAACAACAAAGUUUAAGUUGCUAAUGAUUGUUUCAUGAUCACAAAACAAAAAGACAGUAUUGAUACAAAAAAUACAUUUCCUUUUAACAAUGCUAUUUUAAAUGAGAAAUUUAAUUUACUUUUAUAUCCUCUAAAUAUAUAUAUAUAUAUAUUACUUGUUUCAUUCCUGAUGUUUUUGCCAUAAUCUGCCUCUUUAUUUAAAUGUUUUAAGUUUCAAAACAAGGGAAACUAAACUACAACAAAUUCAAUCACCUUACUGGAACCUUCCUUUUCCCGCUGCCUGGUUAAGGCGAGUGUGCGAUUACGCACAAACCACACCCUCAGUAUUUCAAAAGAGGUGCUAGCAUUACUUUUUACAGUGCAAAUGUAAAACCAGUUGUGUUAAACUUCCUGUCCACAACGGUUUUGUGAAUUAAAUGAAAUUUUGUGUGUUUGGC